AUGUCUAAGCUACUCGUCAAUCUGGCACUGCUCAACACGAAGGCACUGGUCAAUCUCUACACGAUAUCGACACUCCCUUUUUAUGCGGCAUUCCAACGCCCAUGGCGCAAACUGAAGCUCUCAAAGACUUUUGGCGUUACCAAGGAAGUGCAAAAGAAUGGCAGUCGCAUCAUCUACUCUCGACCGAAGGAGGCGGACAUUGGUCGUCACCCGUACUGCCGCUACUCGACCUUUCCGGAGGCGUUUGCCAGUCUGGCCGGUAGCACCAAGCCGGCUAUUGGCGUCCGCGAGGUAAUUCAGGAGACGGCGGCCGUGGACGAGGCCGGCAAGCCGGUGCUCGUUGAGGGCAGGCCGCUGAUGAAGGUGCAGCUGGCGAAGGAGUACCAGUGGCUGACGGCGGCCGAUGUCAUGGCCAAGGUGGACUGUCUGGCGCGCGGUCUACGGGAGAUGGGCAUUGGCAAGGGCGACCAUGUGCUGAUCUACGCGGAGAAUGGCGUCCAGUGGUUCUACACCUGUCUCGCACUGGCCCGACUCAAUGCCGUCAUGGUGACGCUCUUCUCAACGCUCGGAGACAGCGGCGUCGUCUACGGCAUGAACCAGUCUGACGCCCGCUUUGUGGUCACCUCGGAGUCGCUGCUGCCCAAGCUGAACGCUCUGUCGGGACAGUUUCAGCACCUGCAGAGUAUCGUCUACAUUCGCGAUGAGAAGAAAAAAGCGGUGGAUUCGCUCAAAACGGUGGAAACUGAGCGACUGGUUGAGCAGCUGAAGGAGAAGAACUUUAGCGUGACGCCCUUUGACCAGGUGGAAGCGGUGGGCGCCAAGGUGGCUCCCUGUGACUUUCCCCCGCCACAUCCCAAUGACAUUGCAGUGAUUAUGUACACAUCGGGCACAACCGGUGACCCGAAGGGAGUGAUCAUCCCCCAUCGCCAACUGAACGCCAGCAUCAAGAACCUUCUUCGAAUGGACGAGGAGAUUGGCAGCUUUGCCUUCAGUGGUCAGGUGUCUGCGGCAUACUUGCCACAAGCUCACCUCUUUGGUUACCUGUUGAAUUUAUCGGUUUUUUGCAGCGACUCUAAACUCGCCUUUAGCAGUCCGCUGACGCUGCUUUCCUCAUCUCCUGCCCAUGUGAAGGGACAGGAUGGCGACAUGAAGCACAUUCAACCGCAGUUUUUCAUUGCUGUGCCCCUUGUUCUAGAGCGCAUCCUCAAGGAGAUCUACCGAAAGCUGAACGCGAAGAGUCCACUCGCGGCACCGCUCUUUGACUACGCCAUGCAGUACAAGAUUCGCUGGACGCAACGAGGCUUUGACACGCCCAUCAUCAAUCGGCUGAUUUGCAAGAAGAUCAACGAACAGUUUGGCGGCAAGCUGAAACUGAUUGGAGUCAGCAGCGCUCCGUUGGCCGAGUCGACACACGCCCUUGUUCAGGCAGCGCUCAAUGUGAACGUAGUAAACGCCUACGGGGCCACGGAGACCUGCGGCGGUAGUCACAUGCUUCAUGUAGAUGACCUUGCUAGCUCGUGUGGAGUCCCAUACUCUUCGUCAAAGUUCUACCUAAAGAGCUGGAAUGAGGGCGGUUACUCCACCGAGGACAAGCCCAAUCCGAGAGGGGAAAUUGUGCUGGGCGGCGAUACUAUUGCAAGUGGGUACUACAAGAUGGAGGAGGAGACGAAGCGAGCCUUUGAGGUGGACGAGAAUGGUGAGAUUUGGUACAGUAGCGGAGAUAUUGGUGAAGUGCUGCCCAAUGGAACGCUCAAAAUUAUUGAUCGCAAGAAAGACCUGCAGAAACUGGCCAACGGCGAGUUUGUUUCUCUAGGCAAGAUUGAGUCGGGUUUGCGAAACUCGCCUUUUGUGGAGAACAUUUGCGUGUGCACGGAUCCUUUCAGCAAUCACCUCACUGCGCUCGUUUCGCCCAAUCGAAAGGCUUUGGAGGAGUUGGCCGGUCAGUUGCAGUUGCAGCAGCUGUCUACUUUUGAGCAGAUUUGCGCCUCCCCCGAAGUGGUCAACCACGUGCAAAAGUCACUGAAAGCGCUGUGCAAGCAGCUGGGCUUCAAGAUCAGAGAGGUCCCAGUGCAGAUCACCCUCGUCACUGAAGAGUGGAGUCAGGAUAAUAAUCUUCUCACGGCCGCUUUUAAACUGAAGCGAAAGCAGGUGACGGACUUUUAUGCCUCUCAAAUUCGUGACAU